ACUUUGUUGGGUCGCUUUCCGCCACUCGACAUCUUGGCGGAAAUGGACGCUCGAGUGUACCAGCGACUACACAAUGUGGAAGUUGCCGAUGCGGAGCCGGCAUCAGCCGUCCGGCGAUACGAGCACCAGGUCGCUCUGGAGCACUGGCGGGAGCGGUUGGAGGAGCCGAGAAGUUGUCGGCAGCGAGCAGUCGCAGCCGUACUUCCGUGCUUCGACGCAUGGAUGCAACGACCGGGCAACCUCACGUAUCGUCUGACGCAGGUGCUGACCGGGCACGGUUGCUUCGGUGAGUACCUGCACCGGAUAGGGCGUGAGGUUGCACCGUCGUGUCACCACUGUGAAGGCAGCCUGGACUCCGCGCAGCACACACUUGCAGUGUGCCCAGCGUGGGAGUCCGAAAGGCAGAUCCUGUCUAACAGGAUCGGGCCGGAUCUGUCACUGCCCUCAGUGGUGGCAGCCAUGACUCGAGGCAAGGAGUGUUGGAAGGCCGUGGUCUCGUUCUGUGAGACCGUCAUGGUCCAGAAAGAGGCCGCAGAGCGAGAUCGGGAGAGGGCCGAUCCAGCUCGGAGGCGACGGCGAAGGGCUCAGGCCAGGUGAGCCCGUCGCGUCCCUGUAGCCCGGGAGUAAGAAUAAGGCUACGGUAUCUCCUGCCCGUCGUAGAAGGCGACCAAAAGGAGGUUAGGGGCUGUGGGCGGUGAGGACGGGGGUCCGAGCCGCCGCAUAAUAGCGGCCCCGGGAAGAGCGGCUGUGCAUGUGGCCAUGUACAGCCGCGCAGGCUGCGAAGGAGUGGGGAGACCUUGAGUCUCCCGGAGAAGAGCUGCGGCACGGUGUGAGGUGACUCCGGUGCGUUCCCCUGGAGAUCCCGGAGCACCUACCUGCACUGAUGGUGGCCACCGAGGGGGUUUUAGUGGGUAAAAAUCCCACAUAUCCCGUCUUCCUCCCCCGAGGUC